UCUCUCUCAAUGAAGACAGGCUGGAAUGAUCCAAACCCUAACCCCACCACAUAUAUUAUCACUUACGCACAAUUAAUGAGAGGCCCUUUAAAAAAAUGAUGUAUCUUCACAUACUACCCAAAAACAAAAUCCCAGAACAAGAAAAAAAAAGGUGAAAUUCUUGCAUAAUAAAAGUGGGAAAACAAAUUAAAUUAGGAAAAGAUUAAAAAAAAAAGAAGAUUGAAAAAAGCAGGUGUAAGAAAGGAGUUUGUGCUCUUUUCUUGUUGCCUCUGCCAAGCAUCUUUUUUCUCGCUUUUGUGCUCUUUUUCUGAGUCCCAUUUCUUUACCUUCCUUGUUUCUGCUAUCCUACUUAAAUUUUAUCCAUUUUUUAUUGUCAAGUUUCUCUCUUUCUCUCUGCUUUGAGUGAUUCCAUAGCUGCUAUUUCUACCCAUUUCUUCUUGCUGAUCACACCUCUGAUUCUUGUUCCAUAUUUUUUGUUUUUGCUUAAAAUCUUUCCGGCAUUUGAUCAUCGCAAAAGAAUCCCUUUUUCGUCAUCUGACAAUAUUUAUAUAAUUAUAUAUUUUCCCCCUUUGUUCUGGGCUUUUGUUUUUGGUGCCCUUGUUGGAUUUGCCGUGGGAUUUCAUUUCCACUGGCAAAUUCUGCGGUAAAUUCUUUCUGGGCUUGUGCUGAUCAAGCUCAAAAUUAAGUCCUUGGUAAAACCCUUGUGAAUUCAACCUUGAAAUGGUUUGAAUUUCUUCCCCAAUCUUUGACUACAUAAAUUGCUCGAUUUUUCCAACUUUUUGGCUCUUGAUUCCAUGGGACUUUGUCAUGGAAAACCCAUUGAAACACCAGAUAAUCUCUCUGGAAAUUCGAUAAACCCAGGUGAGACCAAUGAACUCACACUCAAUUCAACUGGCAAAACCCCCAAAUUCCCAUUCUAUAGCCCUAGCCCAUUGCCUAGUUUAUUCAAGAACUCCCCUGCUAAUUCCAGCAGCGUUACUUCGACCCCUCUCCGGUUCCUGAAGCGGCCGUUUCCGCCGCCGUCGCCGGCGAAGCACAUCAAAGCGUUGCUAGCUAGGAGGCACGGCUCUGUGAAGCCCAAUGAGGCCACCAUACCUGAAGGGAGUGAGUGUGAGAUUGUUGGGUUGGAUAAGAAUUUUGGGUACUCGAAGAGUUUCACCAGUCACUAUGAGAUAGGGGAGGAGGUUGGUAGGGGCCACUUUGGUUACACUUGCUCUGCUAAAGGGAAGAAGGGGAGCUUGAGAGGGCAGGAUGUGGCUGUUAAAGUUAUCCCGAAAUCGAAGAUGACUACUGCAAUUGCUAUAGAAGAUGUGAGACGAGAAGUAAAGAUACUACGUGCACUGACGGGGCACAAGAACUUAGUGCAGUUCUAUGAGGCCUACGAGGAUGAAGAAAAUGUCUAUGUAGUGAUGGAGUUGUGCAACGGAGGAGAACUACUAGAUCGCAUACUAUCUAGGGGUGGAAAAUAUGCGGAAGAAGAUGCAAAAGUUGUGAUGGUACAGAUUUUAAACGUUGUUGCAUAUUGUCAUCUCCAAGGUGUGGUUCAUCGGGACCUAAAGCCCGAGAACUUUCUCUUUGUCUCCAAAGACGAGCACUCCUCUUUGAAGGCAAUCGACUUUGGACUCUCUGAUUACGUAAAGCCAGAUGAAAGACUGAAUGAUAUUGUUGGAAGUGCUUAUUAUGUGGCACCUGAAGUAUUGCAUAGAUCAUAUGGAACAGAGGCCGACAUGUGGAGUAUUGGUGUGAUUGCUUAUAUUCUUCUUUGUGGAAGCAGACCCUUCUGGGCAAGGACAGAAUCCGGAAUCUUCCGGGCUGUUCUAAAAGCUGACCCAAGUUUUGAGGAAGAUCCAUGGCCAAAUUUGUCUCCUGAUGCCAUAGAUUUCGUGAAACAAUUAUUGAACAAGGACUAUCGUAAAAGGCUAACUGCAGCUCAGGCUCUUAGUCAUCCUUGGCUGGCUGGUCAUCAUGACGUGAAAAUUCCUCUGGAUAUGAUUAUGUAUAGACUUGUAAAAGCUUAUGUAUGCUCUUCUUCGUUGAGAAAGGCAGCUUUAGGGGCUCUUGCAAGAACUUUGACGAUACCCCAACUAGCCUAUCUUCGAGAACAGUUCGCAUUGUUAGGUCCAAGUAAAAGCGGAUUUAUUUCGUUACAGAAUUUCAAAACGGCCAUGGUGAAGAAUUCAACUGAUGCAGUGAAGGAUUCACGUGUUCUCGAAUAUGUUAAUGUGGUGAGUUCUCUUCAGUACAGAAAGUUCGAUUUCGAAGAAUUCUGCGCUGCAGCAGUGAGUGUACACCAGCUGGAAGGAAUCGCUAGCUGGGAGCAACACGCACGCAGCGCCUACGAAUUCUUUGAGAAGGAUGGGAACAGGCCCAUUAUGAUAGAGGAACUUGCUUCAGAGCUCGGACUUAGUCCAUCUGUUCCGGUCCAUGUAGUUCUACAAGAUUGGAUUAGGCACUCGGACGGGAAGCUCAGCUUCUUGGGGUUUGUAAGACUUCUACACGGGGUGUCCUCCCGCUCAUUUCAAAAGGCUUGAAGCAUCAUCAUCCGCAGCUCGUUCUAUUCACUUAGCCGGUUAUGGUUAGAACUUCAGAGUCUCCAACAACAUUUGCUUGAACAAGGGGCGGGCACCCACCGCGUCCAUGCACAUACCAUUGUUGGGAUGUUGAAAGCUACAGCAGCGGCCGCCUUCAGUAUGUCUCGUUCGUGUAAGUUUUUCGUUUCGCCCCAACUUCUAUUCUGGCAAUGAGAUGUGGAGGAAUGAAUGUAUAGGUGAGAGUGGGUUGGGUUAGUAGCAAAGUGUAUUUCAGGUCUAGAUUUACAGCUUGUGCCUUUGUUGUAUUACUUUGUGUAACCUCUGCACGUAGCUUCUCAAUAAAUCAUAUAAGUGGCAAGAGUUAGUUCCC